AUGACCAUAGACCCCUCGCUGGACAAGCGCGAGACCGUCUCCCCCGUGUUGUCGAAGGAGGAGACCGAUCUGGACAAUGAAUUUCAUUCCCUCUCGCGGGAAAGCAGUGUUGCAAGCGCCGAGGAAGAUGAGAACAAGACCGUCGAUGAAGCAGUUCCCCCCCGCCACCCUCCGGCAGACGAACGAGACGAUGGCCCGGUUGUGGUGCCGAGAUUGAAGCGCAGAGGGUUGCUGGGCCAGUUCACUCUGCUUGCUGAGGUCGAGGAUGCAAGAACCUAUCCACGGAAGACCAAGUGGUUCAUCACGUUCAUCGUCGCAUUGGCGGGGGCCAUCGCCCCGAUGGGAAGCUCUAUUGUAUUCCCUUCUCUCUCGCAGGUAGCCGAGGAUAUGGAUUCGUCCAGCACCAUCACUAAUCUGUCCAUCUCCCUGUACAUGUUGAGCAUGUCGAUAUUCCCGUUGUGGUGGUCAUCCUUUAGCGAACGACUCGGCCGGCGUACGAUCUAUAUCACCUCUUUCUGCCUGUUCGUCUUCUUCAAUUGUCUUUCCGCGCGGUCGACUUCCAUCGCCAUGUUGAUCGUCAUGCGCAUGCUGAGUGGCGGCGCCGCUGCCUCCGUCCAGGCCGUGGGAGCAGGCACGAUCGCCGACAUGUGGGAGCCGCGGGAGCGUGGCCGGGCGAUGGGUAUCUUCUACUUGGGUCCCCUGUGCGGUCCACUGUUUGCGCCCAUCGUCGGCGGCGUGUUGGCCCAGCGAUGGCGCUGGCGGAGCACCCUGUGGUUUCUCGCCGUGUUCGGAGGCUUGGCCCUGAUCUUCAUCGUCUUCGCUCUGCCCGAGACCUUGAUCAAGCACAAGACCGCGGAUACCGCCGCGGUCAAUUCUUCGGCAAGCGACGACGAGCCGGACGCUUCCGAUGGCGGGCGUAGGUUGAGUCGGGUGUCAUCGCGCCAGGUGGUGCAAUUCACAGCCCGGUGGCUGAAGCUGCUGAAGAUCAUUUUCAUCGAUCCGUUGAAGAUCGUGCUCUACCUACGGUUCCUUCCGGUGCUGCUGACCGUGUACUAUGCCAGCAUCACCUUUGGAUCUCUAUACGUGUUGAACGUCAGCAUCGAGGACAGCUUCGGCAAGGAGCCGUACAACUUUUCGACCAUCAUCAUUGGUCUGCUCUACAUCCCCAACUCUGUCGGCUAUAUCGUGGCGAGUGUCUUUGGUGGCCGAUGGAUGGAUAAGAUCAUGGAACGUGAAGCUCGCAAGGCCAACCGAUACGACGAAUCAGGCAAGCUGAUCUACCGGCCGGAGGAUCGCAUGCGCGAAAACACCUGGUUCGGUGCCAUGAUCUAUCCCGCAGCGUUGAUCUGGUAUGGAUGGACUGUUCAGAAUGGGGUAUUUUGGUUGGUUCCGAUGAUUGCGAAUUUCUUUUUUGGCGUCGGAUCGAUGCUCAUCUUCAGCACGGUGACUACGAUGCUGACGGAAUUCAUGCCGAAGAAGUCGUCGUCCGGGGUCGCGGUCAACAACUUCCUGCGCAACAUCUUCUCCUGCGUGGGGUCAUUUGUGACGGCCCCGAUCAUCCAGGCCAUCGGGAAUGGCUGGUUGUUUACAAUCCUAGGGUUGGUCGCCUUUUUGAGCAGUUCGGCGAUUCUCGCGCUGAAGCUCUACGGCUCACGAUGGCGAGAGAAGAUGGAUGCGCGAAUGACCUAG